AUGAAAAGAUUAAUAGUCUUCUUUUGUUACAGCCUUCGGAGAGGUCCAGGAGCAAACGUCCAGGAUAGUAGUGGAUAUUCUUCACUACACCACGCAGCCUUAAAUGGACACAAAGAAAUUGUGAAGUUGCUCCUGGACCAUGAUGCAUCAACAAAUAUUGUUGAUAGCAAAGGUUCCUCACCUCUUCAUCUGGCAGCUUGGUCCGGAAAUGUUGACAUCGUGCGGUUGUUGUUAUCGGGGCCAUCUAUAUGCAAUGUCAACUUGACGACCAAAGAUGACGAAACGGCAUUACAUUGCGCUGCCCAAUACGGUCACACUCAGGUUGUCAGCGUUCUACUUGAACACGCUUGCGAUCCAGGAAUCAGGAACUGUCGAGGAGAGACUGCACUUGAACUUGCGGCGCAGUAUGGAAGAUUGGAAACGGUGGAACUGUUAGUAAGGACUGAUCCAUCUCUUAUACAGUGUUUGAAGAGGACUACACCUGACACUGUAUUUCCUCAUACUCCACUUCACCUAGCUAGUAAAAAUGGCCACAAGUAA